CUCCGCUCCCCCCAUCUCUGUCGCAGCCACCGCUGUGGCUCAGAGCUGCAUGGGAGACGCCGCCGCUGCAGGUCCGGUUUCUCGGUGGUGUCUGGUCGGUGCCAUCAUCACCCCCUCCCGCCCUCCCCAAGCGGGUGGCUUCCCCUCCCCCUCCCCCUCUCCACGGGGGGGCAGGGGGCUGGGCACCAAGUCUCUAAUGCCAUGUGCCACGGCGGUGCCGGGCAGCGAGCGGCGGCAGCGGUGGCGGGAGAAGGGUGCUGACUGCUGACCACUUGCCCAGCGCCCUUUGGCGGCCUCCCCCAGGGCUGGCACCACCACGUUUCCCCCAGCACCCCGCCUCCUCGGGCCCUCCCCGCCUCCCCACGUAAGCCCCCCCACCUGCCGCGCUCUCCCUCCCCUCCCCCCUCCUGUCCCCUCUGCUACCGGUCCUCUCACCAAGUCCUCCCGGUCGCCUCGCUUUCCACCCUCUCAUCGCUUUCUGCCUCCCUGCUCUGUCCAGCCAGCCCCUCUCCAAGUCCCUUCUCUGUGCCCUGUCCGGCUGCCUGUCCCAUCCCCGCCCUGUCCCCUUUGUGCCCCUUCCUCCCUCUCUCUCUCCUUCCCGGCUCGGUGUCUCUUCUCCACCGCUACUUCCCUCCAGUCUGGCCUCCCUGCAGCCCCUUGGCCCGGCGGUGUCCCCGUCCGAGUCCCGAGCCACCAUGCUGACCCCAAUGGUGGCUGGGGGGGUAGUGUUCCCCGGACUCUUCCUCCUCUCCAAGAACGCGCUCCAGCGGCUGCCCCAGCUGCGCUGGGAGGAGGCUGACGCGGUCAUUGUCUCAGCCAGGCUGGUGUCCUCUGUCCAGGCCAUCAUGGCCUCCACUGCUGGCUACAUCGUCUCCACCUCCUGCAAGCACAUCAUUGAUGACCAACACUGGCUAUCCUCCGCCUACACACAGUUUGCAGUGCCCUACUUCAUCUAUGACAUCUAUGCCAUGUUCCUCUGCCACUGGCACAAGCACCAGGUCAAAGGGCAUGGAGGAGACGACGAGGGCCCCAGAGCACUGGGCAGCACCUGGGCUGUGGUGCGCGGCUACCUGCACAAGGAGUUCCUCAUGGUGCUCCAUCAUGCCGUCAUGGUGCUGGUGUGCUUCCCGCUGUCUGUGGUGUGGCGACAGGGCAAAGGAGAUUUUUUUCUAGGCUGCAUGCUGAUGGCAGAGGUCAGCACCCCCUUUGUCUGCCUUGGCAAGAUCCUCAUUCAGUACAAGCAGCAGCACACACUGCUGCACAAGGUGAACGGGGCCCUGAUGCUGCUCAGCUUCCUGUGCUGCCGGGUGCUGCUCUUUCCCUACCUGUACUGGGCCUACGGGCGACAUGCUGGCCUACCCCUGCUCGCCGUGCCCCUGGCCAUCCCAGCCCACAUCAACCUAGGCGCUGCGCUGCUCCUCGCCCCGCAGCUCUACUGGUUCUUCCUCAUCUGCCGUGGGGCCUGCCGCCUCUUCUGGCCCCGAGGCUCCCGGCCGCCCUCUCCCUACCAGACCCAGGACUGAGUGGGGAGCCAGGGACGCUCCCCACCCGCACCCCCAUGGGGACAGAGCUCUGGGGCUGAUGGGUGGGGGCUGGGAGCCAGGGGCCCCUUGCCUUGACGGCCCCAAGACUGACAGAUGAACUCAGAAGGAAGAGGGCACAGCUACCCUCAAAGCCAAGGAUGUGGCCAGAUGACCAACUGGAAGACAUGUCUCUUCUCCAGACAGUGCUGGUGACCCCUUCCCCCUGCAGCCCACUUUGUGCUGGAUCAGCAAGGAAAGGGGAAGGAUGUGUACUUCCCACCUGUUGAGGCUGGAGAGCCUGUGGGGAGAGAAAGGAAACUCAGGGGACCAGGAGUCAAAGAACAUGGGGGUAUUCCUGCUGCUAAGGACAUCCCAGCCCCUCUGCUGCAAGCCCUCUCUGCUCCCUACUAUAUGGGAGGGAGAGGACACCCCAACUCUCCCUGUGGGCCUCACAAGCCCAGCUGCCCCCACAGCUCUUCUGUGGGGAAUCUUAUUUAUUUUAUUUAUUUGCCCAAGUUCAAACUAAUUUGUUGUGGGGGGAGGUGGCUGCUACCCCUCUCCCUGGCCUUCCCAGUGCUGAGCAUCCCCUGGGCAGGUGAGGGCGCCCAGCCCUUCCCUUUAGGCUGCACACCUUGCCCUUGGGCCCUGGCAUGUCCCUGGUGCUACAGACCUCUCAAGGCUUCCUCCAGUCUGGGGUCCGGAGACCCUGGGAGGUGCUUUACAGACUGCUAAUAAAGACGAUCUGCGUGAAAGCCA